GAAAUGAGACACUUAUUGUGGUAUACUCGGAGAAAUCAUUACAUAUCAUUCCAUUUCUAUUCAAACUCCUUAGUUAUGCAGCUAAGCAGUGGGCCAGAUAUUAUUUACUCUUAAGAAGCCUAUGGCCUCGCAUAAUCUUGCUCCUGCGACAAAGCCUUCAGUAAAGCAGAUGUUUUCUUCAGAAUCUUCAGACUCACUUCAUUUUGGUUCUGGGGAAAAGUUAACUGGGCUUAACCAGCACGAACUAAAAUGUGCUAGUGACACUGACGCCAUCGAAGACAACCAUGGAAAUAUAAGUAGAUAUAGGAAGAAUUUAAUGGGCUGCUAUAGAAGCGGGAUAUCCCAAUCCAUGGUUCCUCAGCAUCUCCAUACUUUGACCGUUGAUGCAGUUAAUCGCGAUCAUAGCAAUUUCGUAGAAUCUAGUGCUGCUAACAUGCCGGAAUUUGAUCCGUGUAACCCUGAUAAAAGAACAGUAAAUUCACAGGGCUUGGCUGCAGAAUCUCAAGACUCAAAAGGGGUUGACUUGGGUUUUUCUGAAAAAAGUAUGUUGAGCCCAUAUUCCCCAAUUGCUCCUCAGCAGGUGUCAGAUGUUGUGAUGGAUUUAACUGAAGAAGGACAAGCACAUAAUACAUCUAUGGGCUAUGCUGGAUUAAGUGGAGAUGGUAAACUUAGGGAAUCCCAUGUCUUUAGAAGUUUAGAAGGAUCUCGUGACAAAGAAAUCAAAAGUGCCGAAGAUGUGAAGAAUCCAAACCAGCAUUCUGCAGACAAAUUGGGAACUGACACAGUUGAUGCAGCUCUGGACAGCCCUAAUGAUGCUUACAACGAGGCCCCCGAGGUUCUUAAAAAGAUUACAGAAGAAAGACUGGGCAUUGAUGAAUUCCCAAGUUUUGAUUUGGGGUUUUAAAAAGACGACAUACAGUUAUGAGUACAAACAAUUCGUACACAAAGGUGAUGUUCUUGUAGGAAGAUCGAGUAAUAGAACUGAUAUCACACUAGUGAAGUGUGGCCUUGAUUAUAA